CAUGAGCUCAUGUGUGACGAGGAAAACGUGUGUGACAUCACACGUGAAGUGAAACCAGUUAAUCGUCAGCAGGCUGAUGAGUGGAGGACUUUGUUAAUGUUGUUGUUGUUGUUGUUGUUUACCUCCCCAGCUGUGCUGCUGAUGUCAUCGUGGUGCGUUCAGGGCCUGCGCGUGGAUGUGUUUCCCAGCAGGCCUCUCUUCAGACUGGGGGACAAUCGACAGCUGCUGUGUCACGUCCAGGACUGUCCCACCAUGCCGAGCGUGUCCUGGUCUCUGCAGGGGGACCGCCCGCUGACGGCGUCCGUCAGCACCAACAGGAGCCACUCCACCGUGACCUUUGACCCCGUCAGCAUGGAGCACGAAGGAGCUCUGCUGUGUCGAGUCAGCUGUGGACCCGAAAACAAGCAGGUCAAGACGUCUGUUCACGUUUACUCCUUCCCAUCAGCCCCUCUGAUCACUGGCCAGGACCAGCUGAGGCUGGGGGCGGAGUCUGUCCUCACCUGCCAGGUGUCUGAGGUGUAUGCUGCCGCUCCGCUGACUCUCAGCUGGCUGCGAGCGGACGCCGUCCUGCAGAGCAUUGUGGGAGACGCAGAGUCGGGCUCGGUGCGGUCCGAGUUCAGGUUCAGGCCUCAGGAGCGGGACUUUGGAGGAAACAUCAGCUGCAGGGUCACGCUGGACCUGCAGGAGCUGCCGGCUGAGGACCGGACCAGAGAGACCAGCGUCCCCCUAAACCUGCUCUACGCUCCCGUCGUCACGGUGAUUUCAGACUCGCUGUUGGUGAUGGCGGGCUCUCCGUUCACGCUGCGCUGCUCUGCGGAGGGAAACCCAGAGCCCACGGUCACCUGGAGCUUCAGGACGCCGGACGGGCGGUCUGAGCGGACAAUUCUCUCCAGUCAGCUGGACGUGGCGGCGGCGAGUCAGCCCGACGCCGGACGGUACGAGUGUGAGGCCCGCAACAGUGAGGGUCACCAGACUGCCGGGGUGCAGGUCGCCGUCCACGCUCCGCCCACCAACACCUCCCUUUCGGUGAGUCCAGGUGAGCAGGUGAUGGAGGGUCAGCAGGUGACGUUUACUUGUCGCUCAGACGGAGCUCCGCCCACCACGCUGGUGCUGAGGAGGGAGGGGGCGGAGCUUCAGAGGACUGACCCCGCCUCCUCCUUGCUCUCCUUCAACCUGUCCUCAGCCCAGCUGAAAGACUCCGCCCACUACCAGUGUGAGGCCUCCAACCAGUACGGCUCCCAGCUGGUCACCAGCUCUGUCACCAUCACAG